AUGCUGGCCACCUCCGCGCGUCGUCGCCUCGCCUUGGCGGCCCUGGCUCGCUCGGGCGGACCAAAAUCCCUCGCCUCCUACCUCGAGGCCGCCACCUUGCCCGGCUACGGCAUCGCCGCUCUCCCGUCACGAUCCUACAGCUCCAGAAACGGCGAUAGCGCUCAGAACAACGCAGAGCAGAGCGGCCGAAACGCCGCCGAGAGCGCAGACAAGCCGCGCAUCUUUCCGACGUCUCGGGCGUCCAUCCGGCCCAACCCGCACGCCGCCCCUCUCUUCGCCAACACCAAGAGGACAUCUCGACGCGAUGGCAGCGAACGAGGCUCGUCCGCUUCUCCGCAAACGCCCACUGCCUCUCGAUCCAGGGAGCUGCUGACGCUGCGCAACUCGACCACCGACCCGGCCCUCAAGCAGCUUUACACCGAGCUCGGCAUCGCAGUCGAUCGCAACAACGUGGCCGGCGCCAUCGACAUCUGCGCCAGCAUCAGCAGCCAUGUCGCCGAGAGUCCCUCGUCGUCCUCUGCUCCCGCCCUGCUGCCCGAGGAUAGCCUACGCGGCGUCUACCAUCUGCUGCUCCAGUGCUUUGCCCACAACGCCAUGCUCGACGAGGCCAUGGGCGUCCUGACCGAUAUGGAACGCUGCGACGUCUCCCCGAAUGUGGAGACGCUCAACCACGUCCUCAGGGCGGCGGUGCUGGUCGGAGACGAGGAGGCCAUCGAUGCCAUGCUCUCGCGGAUACGCCAGCUGCCCAGCAUCGCCCGCCCGGUGGCGCCAUCUCCAACGCCCGCCGCACGGCGUAUCAAAGGCAGCAACACCCUGCAGGCCGCCAAGGACCUCUUUUUCGCCAGCCCUUCAUCCCGAGCGAGCAGCGUCGAGCCUGCUGCCCCUGCGCGAGCGCCGAUUUCCCCCCUCGGCGCCGAAUUCACGCGCAACUGGACCUCGGCCACGUAUCAGCACAUGAUCCUCUCGGCCAAGGCGUCGCACAACGCCGAAUUCUGCCUGGCACUGAUGGCGGCGUGCCUCCGCGACGGCGUCGCACUCGAGCACGAGGCGCUGCGCAACGUCAUCGCCGUCUGCCUACACGUGCGCGAGUUCCGGCUGGCCGCCGAGCUGGCCAACGAGGCCGAGCGGGGUGGGCUGCGGGAUCACAGCGAGGAGGCUUCGUCCUCGGGCACUGUCUCGCGCCGGCUUCCGCCGAGCCUGUGGAUGAAGAUCCUGCGCGCGUGUGUCGAUGGUGGCUACAUGCCCGGGAUCGAGCUGGCGUGGCAGAAGGCCGUCGUCGACGGCCUGCUUGUGCCCGAGGAAGGGCUGGUCCUGGGCGCGCUCAAUGCGGCGUCGAGGGACGGCUGCGCGCCGUUCUGCCUCGUCAUGCUGCGGCACCUCUUCCCGGGCAUCGACGACCUGCUGCGGACCGGCCGCUCGGGCGCCAAAGGCUCUGCCCUGGCCGCAGGUGGGAUCCUGCACGAGUGGCACCUAUCGCCGCUGUUUGAGGCCCAGUGCAGGAACCACGAGUACGGCGAGGCGAUCAAGACGCUCUCAAUCAUGAAGCGGCUGGGCCACCCGAUGUCGGAGAGCAUGAGCGCCUGGAUGUCGGCGGGCUGCUACCAGGACAAGGACAUGCUGGACCGCGCGGUCAAAGGGCUGCUUUCGCUCGGCCGCAACCGCGACUUUGGGGUCAGCACGUUUGCCGUCAACGCCGUCAUCGGCGCGGCGGUGUGGAACGGCAACAUGGACCUGGCCAUGUCGAUCUACGAAGCCAGCUGGGAUCUUUUCGACGCAGACCAGUCGAAUCGCGCCGGGGGCGGUGCGGCCGAUGUGGUGCCGAUGCACAAGAAGGCGCAGGGCAAGGCGUCGAAGUCGGUCGAGAAGAGGAAGGAUCAGCAAGACGCGCUCCAGGCGAAGCAGCCGCAGCGGCCGGAGGUGCAGGACGGCGGGGUCCGUGUGCGACCGGAUCUGGGCACGUUCCAUCACCUCUUCUCUGGGUGCAUCGACAUCAAGGACCGCGACCUGGGCGGGCGUCUGAUUGCGGACCUCAACGCGCUGUCGCUGCAGCCUACGGUGCUGACGUACGAGCGGCUGGUGCUGCUGUGCCUGACGCAGGACUCGUACGAGGACGCGUUUGGGUUCAUGGAGCAGGCCAAGGUGAAUGGGCUGCGCCCGAGCCGCAAGAGCUACGAGGGCAUUCUGCGCAAGUGCUUUAGCGUCAACGACGAGCGGUGGAGGCUGGCGCUCGAGGAUAUGAAGGAGGCCAAGAUGUACCCGAACCGCAGCCUCUGCCGCCAGCUGGGCAUCGAGGAGCAGGUGUGGUGGCCCAAGGGGACGGCUGCCGCGAUGCCGCGGCGAGUCUAG